UGAUUAAUAGCGUUUCUUUCUAUCACAUGAUCAGUGUUACACCGUUACAUAUACAUUGUGGAUACAGCACGUUUAGCUCAAAAUAUAUAUUUACUUUGUACAGAUUAUCUUUCACUUGCACUAUAUAUUAGUAACACUGCCGUAUUAUCUUCACAAUAAAUCGCCUAUAAGCACGAGCCUUCCCCUUUUCCAGAUCUCCAGCCCCGAUAAGAAGAGCUCUUCCGGACUUUCCAGUCACUUUUAUGGGGCUAAAGUCUGGACCAGGCAGCACUUCAGUGUCAUACACGUCUACUGAUAUAGAUUUGACCUGUUUUAGCUCGGUUUUAAACCAGAUCUUUGAGCAAGUGACAGCAAUGAAGCUGAUUAUACUGAGAGACUAUGAUGAAGCCAGCGAGUGGGCUGCCAAAUACAUCCGAAACAGGAUCAUCCGCUUUAACCCCGGUCCGGACCGGUUCUUCAUCCUGGGCCUUCCAACAGGCAGCACUCCGCUGGGAUGCUAUAAGAAACUGAUUGAGUACUAUAAGAAAGGGGAAAUAUCUUUUCAGUAUGUGAAGACCUUUAACAUGGAUGAGUAUGUAGGUCUGCCCAGAGACCAUCCCGAAAGUUAUCAUUCCUUCAUGUGGAACAACUUCUUUAAGCACAUCGAUAUCCGAUCAAAAAACGCACAUAUUCUGGACGGCAACGCUCCAGACCUGCAGAAAGAAUGCCAGGACUUUGAGGAGAAGAUUAAAGCUGCUGGUGGGAUUGAUCUCUUUGUUGGUGGUAUUGGACCUGAUGGUCACAUUGCUUUCAAUGAGCCGGGCUCUAGUCUCGUGUCUCGAACCAGGGUCAAGACCUUGGCUAUGGACACCAUCCUGGCUAAUGCUCGGUUCUUCGAUGGAGAUCUCUCCAAAGUCCCAACCAUGGCUCUUACUGUAGGAGUUGGCACAGUGAUGGAUGCCCGUGAAGUGAUGAUCCUCAUCACUGGAGCACAUAAAGCUUUUGCUCUCUACAAGGCCAUAGAGGAAGGUGUGAACCACAUGUGGACGGUUUCAGCGUUCCAGCAACAUCCUCAGACCGUGUUCGUGUGUGAUGAAGAUGCGACACAAGAGCUGCGGGUCAAAACUGUGAAAUACUUCAAAGGCAUGAUGCAUGUUCAUAAUAAGCUGGUGGAGGAACCAUAGUUUCUGCUGAAAAGAGGAGACUCUGAUUUGUACUUUAUAUUUAAAGUAUUACAUUUUUAACAUUUUGAGAUGUAUACUGUUUAUACUAACAGCAGCAAAAAUACAAAGCAUUUAAAGAA